GGGGCGGGAGCGCUAACGCCAGCGCUGCGGCUGGGGCGCGUUCUGCCGGCCGCCGCAGCGGCCAUCGGGCCCGGGGCGGCUUCGCUCUCCGGGCCGGGGCCCGCCAAUGGGAAGGGAGGGUGGCCGCUGCCGCAGGCGGCGGGCCGCGGGGACCAUGGCAGAGAACAACGCAGACUGGAUGGGUUCGCUACCCGCGGCGCUGCGCUCCUAUCCGCUCUCCAACUUGGCCAUCCCUGGGUCACACGAUUCUUUCAGCUACUGGGUUGAUGAGAAGUCUCCUGUGGGACCAGACCAAGCCACAGCCAUCAAACGUUUGGCCAGAAUUUCUUUGGUUAAAAAGAUCAUGAAGAAAUGGUCAGUGACUCAAAACCUGACUUUCAAAGAGCAGUUGGAAGGUGGGAUCCGCUACUUUGAUCUUCGUGUGUCUUCCAGACCUGGGGAAAUGGGACAGGAGAUUUACUUCAUACACGGCUUGUUUGGCAUCAAAGUGUCGGAUGGGCUGAAGGAGAUUAAUGCGUUUCUUGAGCAGCACCCCAAGGAAGUCAUCUUCUUGGAUUUCAAUCACUUCUAUGCCAUGGAUGACAGCCAUCACUUCUUCUUGAUCAACAGAAUCCGCUCAGUUUUUGGAUCCAAGCUUUGUUCUGUUGCGUGUGUAGAAUACAUCACAUUGCAGUAUAUGUGGGAGAAGAAAUGUCAGGUUCUCAUAUUCUACCACUGCCCUUUGUGUGAGGAAUACCCCUUUCUGUGGCCAGGGAAUAAAAUGCCAGCACCAUGGGCUAAUACAACCAACGUCCACAAACUGUUGCAGUUCUUAGAGACCACUCUUGAGGAACGAAGUCGUUAUGGAACUUUCCAUGUUUCCCAAGCCAUCCUCACCCCUCGAGUGAAAACCAUUGCACGACAUCUGGUCCGUGGGCUGAAGAACACACUUGUUCAUAGGAACCUACCCAUGAUUUUGAACUGGGUGAAAGCACAAAAACCAGGUGUUAUGGGUGUUAACAUAAUUACCUCAGACUUUGUGGAGCUGGUUGACUUUGCUGCUACAGUCAUAGCACUAAAUGAUCUUCUUCUAGAAGAGGAUGAAUCUACUACUACAUCCUGAUGAGUGUGUCCCAUUCGUCAUCCUUGGACGUAUUCGAGCUACACUUGAUGCUUUAUUUAUGAAGUGAAACCUAUUGUAAUCUGGAUUCAUUUAAAAGAAUUCUACAGGCAGUGUGCUUAAAUAAUCACAGGAGAAUCCCUUCUCCCAAGGAUGUGUGGCUCUAAGGGGAGCAGAACAUGCUGCUUUGCAUGUUGGAGCCAUGAACACCUCUGCUGUGGCUUGGCUGCUGGCUGCCUGCCAAGGAGAGGUUAGUCUCUGAAGCAGAUGGACCCAGUGUCUCCCUAGUGACUGGGCUGAUUGUGCCCUUCCUGUGCCAGGGCUCCAACCAGGGAUGGCCACUGAACCCUUGGCAUCAGUGUGGCAAAUGUUCUUUGGCAGCCUCUGAUGGAACUGGGCUCAGCUGGAGCCUCCUGCUGAAUCCAUCAUGCUGGUUUGGACACUACCUCUGACUUGAUUCAAAAAGCAAUGCUGCUAUGCAGGAGGAAGCUGUCAUGCUAUGUCAAACAUCCAAACCGUCCUUUGGGCCUGAGAGGUGGAGACUUGCCAUGCUCUGCCUCUUUGGACACCAAGUUGUUCUUCUCAACCUCUUUAUUUUACUUUAAUGCCCUAAUACUUUCACUGUGACCGUGUUUAAGUGUGUUUCUUUUGGCAUUAAUUUAGAGCAUAUUUCAGUCUUCAAAUUAUACUGACUGUAACUGAGGAGUCUUAAUUCCUGUUGUGAGAUGUUUGAGAAACCACAGUGCAACCUUUUUACUUUUGCACACUGAGCACUUGGGUUUUUUCCAUCAAGUUGUCUUUGAGGAGAGCUUCCCCCAGAUGGCCUUUUCCUACAAGGAGCUGCUUUAAGUGGGAACUUACUGGAUAUUCAAAGAAGUGGAGCUCAGAAUCCAUAUACUGAAUCUCUGAUAUGCAAUGUGAUAGCAAAUUCCAAAAUCUGACCUCAAAACUCUGCUUGUUGUCAAAGAGCCACAGCUGUGGGGAGAAACUUCCCCAACUUGCACUUGUGACCAAGUAUGCCACAGUCUUGCACACAGAGGCAGACGUCAGUGCUGUAGCUUUACUGUAAUCAGACUCCUUUUUCGAUUGAUUCACUACAAAAUGUGACCGUGUGUGCUUGAGCCAAUACAGUCAUGUGUUGAUACUUAUCAGCACUUCCCUGACUAGCUGCUUGCAGUCAUAUAGUCUGAUUCAUCUUUGGUGUGAAAAAAGCAACAACAAGGGAAAAAUCAAACAAACCCCCCCUACAAAGUGAUUAGCUGCUACUUUGCUGCUCAGUCAUUCCUAAAGCAGCUGUUGGUGCACCAGUUAUUCAGUGCUUCUGAAACUUGUUUUAAUCUCUACCCUGUUUAUAGUAGUGGAUCAUCUCUACUUUAUUAGAGAAGAGUGAGUCUCCAGAUUUAUCUUGUGAUACCCUGUUUCUCCCAUCUAAUGACACAGAAACAUCUCAAACCUGUUUGCAUGUUUGUCUCGAGUGCAGAACAAGUUUAUCUGAAGGUUUGCAGACCUGUGUGAACCUUGACCAAGUUCUGAGCAGACUGUAAUCUGAUUUUUGUUUCUUGCACUGUUUUCACUAGAGUUCCCUGAUGUUUUUUCUUUAACUGGAUCCUUUCUCUAAGGAAAGUGGGGUAGGUGUCUCUACCUCAUCUCUACCUCUUAAUCUGUCUUUCUCCUUUCCCCAUGUUUCAGUGGUGGGGAGCUAAAUUAUGGAAGUCUGUAAUUGAAGCUCACUUUUCUAGUUUAAAUCUUCCUUUGAACAACUGAGUAGAUGGGGUUUUAUUUUUUUUUCCCUUGUGGAUAAAACUGUUGGAACUUGUUUUGAGCAGCACUGUUAUGUUUGCAAAAUUCUUUAAAAUUCCUGGGUUUUCCUUAGCUGAAUCUUGUGUUAAUCUACUUUUCUGAUGGCCUCCACUGAAACUCCCAUGGUACUAUUAAGUGUUUGGUUUCAGUAGUUGUCUUAGCUGCAAAUUGUUAAGAGUUCAAAACUCAGAGUAACUUGGUUUGAGUGCUGAUGAGACAGAAGUAGCAUAUCUGUUAGCUUUGCUGCAGGACUGGAGGACAAGGUGAGAAGGUGAAAGGAGUAUGAAUUUACAUUUGACCCUUAAUGUGUUUUUUUUACUGCAUAUAGCUACCUCAAACGUUUUCUAUGGGGCUUAACCAGUAACUGGCUCACCUCUCUAGCAUGGGACCGCAGCAUAGGCAAGUUCCUUUAUACUUUGCAAAACAGACCUCAUCCAAACUUGGACUUUGGGCUGUGAACUCUUUUCUGGCUUUAUGCAAACGAAGGCAAGCUGGGCAGGAAGGGAGAACUGAGGAACUGGGGCAGUAAUUUGCAUCUAGUAGCCAGCCACACAAAGUGUGGCAGCAUUUAUCCAGGUUUCAGGGAACAGGUCUGAUGGGUGAGUGAGAGUGGACACAGCUCCUACUGAGAAACUCGGCUGAGAGUCUGGAGACUGCAUCUGGGUAGUGUGGAGCAACCAACAGCCUUGCAAGGUCACGUACCUGUGAGCUUCAGAAAAUAGACUGUCAUGAAUGGAUCUGAAGGUUGGGAAUUCCUUGGUUUAGAUGCAAACCUGCAUCUGUUGAAUGCAAUUAUUGUCUUGUUUCUAGCUUCCCAAAGCAAUAGGGUUCACUUUUAAACAAUUUAGGUGUAAAACUACCCCAGAAGAAUUGUUCAUAGGACUUGACCAUUCUGUAGGUGCUGAGAGGAAAAUCCAGGAAACCAAUACCUGCUUGAGGCAAAGUACUUAAUUGAGUUGCAUGUUCUUGCAAGUAAUUAUUCAAGUCUAGGGUACUUAGACAUUCUUUUCAGAGUGUGCUUUUUUUCUUUCUAAUGGGCAAUCACUUUGAGCACACUGGCAUUAUGCCUGUGUUCUUGGCACUUGCACACCACUGCCAUGUGCCAGUCAAGGGCAUACCUGAAGCACAGGAGACCUCUGAUAGGAAGCAUCAGGGGAGAGUGUGCUAGGAACUCAUACAGGAGUUGUUUUCAUCUUGCUGUAUCUUGUAGAUCAAAACAAAGAGGGUUUUUUUACUAGAUUUUGCCGACUGACAAUUAAUUGUUUCCUUAUUUGGAGCCACUGACCUAAUACAUUGAAAAGUUCUGGAACUAGGAGUUGUAAUGUUGUUUGGGUUGUUUUUUUUCUGCCUUUGUGUUGGUUAGUUUUGAGAACAAAGGACAUAAUCUUGCUGUCUAAUCUGAAGAACUGAAGGGAAGCUAACCUGCACGUUCUUUGUUUGUGAUGGAGAGGACCUCACUGGAGACAGUGCUGUCAAGGUGUUUCAGGAGUAUUCAGUGAGAGAUGCCAGGCUGACUCUCCAGAGCAGAACUGCUGACUGCAGAAAGGCCCUGUUUUGCUGAACAGGCUCCUUGAAGAGGAUGGAAAUAACACAGAAAUGGUCUCUUUGUUCCUGACAUGCUGUUUUCUGCUGGGCUGAUACUGAGUUAAUAUAUUGGAGUUUAGAAAGCACCUGUGCUUUGGAGCAGUCUUGGGUUUUGGCACUUACAGCAGUAAGACAUAUGCCAAGAUACUUAUCUCUUCUCGUCUGGCUAGGCCUUCAGAAAUACUUUCUUUGCAUACCUGUCUCAGAGUUCGUUGCUGUAUCAUAUAGCACACUGAGGUUAGGGCUUGUAUAGGUAACAGAGGACAUGGCCAUUUUCAGUUUAAACUGUUACCUGUGGGAGUCAGACAGAACUGAGGUUGAACAGACAAUACUGAACACAGAGGCCUCAGUCUGCAGACUAAGACUUUCACUUGGACUCGAGCAGGUUGAUACCUAUCCCCAUAAAGCAAAUUCUCUGGUUACAGGGCUGCUGUUUGGAACAAAACUGCAGGGUUUUGGUGGCUGCUUAAAUACUGAAAAUUUGUCUGACAUGAAGAAUGACCCAAAACUUCAUUGUGAAAUUCCAAGGUUCUACAGUUCUUUCAGCAGUGUUUGUUAUCUCAGCUUUGGUUUUUAACUCGACCACAUGGGUAGAAGAGCCAGAGCACAUGCUGAAGAGCAAAUACCUUUUAUGCUAAGGACAUGUAUGUUAGGCUGACUGUGGUAAGAGUAUAACAAUUGACUUAGUCACACCUUCCAAUGGUAAUCAUAUUGGCUGCUUGGUUUAGCUUGUUAAACCAGUCUUUAUUCUGUAUUUAAUAUGUCUGUCUUGUUGAAGAAAUGUUUACUUUUGUAAGUGUAUUUAUUUCUUUACAGAUCUUUAACUUUGAGUUGCAGGGACUGGGAUAGGGUUGUCAAGUUUAAAACUGUUUGCAGAAUCUAAUUACUUUAUAUUCCUGGAUAUUUAUAUAUUGUCUUGCUCAUAGAAACAGUACUUCUCGUACCUUUUGUUUGACCAAUAAUAACUUCUGUAUCUCACUUCAGUCAAACUGCAGUGUAUUAACUCUGAAAAAAGUAUUGAUCAGUACAUCUGAUAUAAUGUUGGUGGCUCUUUGGUGGGGUUUUUUAACACUUCUUUGUGCAAUGGCAAAUGUAUUUUGCAGUUGGCAUUUUUUUGGGUGCUAUUUAUACUAUGGAAUAAUAUAAAUGGCAAAAGGAGCCAGGUGAGAUGUUAUCUAUUUUCAAUUUGUCAUGCAGUUUCUUUUCUUUCCUGUGGCAGUGUGUUACUCAUCUGUGCAGUUCAGAUCUGUGCAACCAGGAUGCCUCAUUUGAACUGCAGAUAAACCAGGGUUGAUAUCUCUUUGCUUCUGCUUUGCUCUGCACCUACAUCAUUGGGGUUUUUUAAUCCUGAAAAUAAAAGUACAACCUGAGUUAA